UCAAGACCUUGUAUUGAUCCAUCUUCAAUCCCAACCGUCAAUUCCGCCGGCCAUCUUUUCUCCAUGUGCCAAUCGGCACAUCAUGAACUUGAUCAGGAGUUAGAUCCACGCCCAUUAGGCUCUACUCGAAGCCGCAUGGUGCGUCGCCUUACUGGCUGGCUAUCCUCUUCGCUUAAUUCGAUGACCCAGCGGAUAAAAAGCAGUUCUUUGACCACUACCACCAAGGUCGCUCAUGAGGCAGGUGGUGGUCUUGCCACUGGCCCACGACGACGCACCCGUCCUAUUCUAUUUUCGAACUCGCCCGUGGCAACUGGAGGUGAGCGGAAGACACGACGAAAGAGGAGAAUAAUUACAGCAACAACGGUUAGCCGGGAUAAUUCCGCAUCAAUAACGUGCCGGCCGGGCCUUGGAAAUAUUAACACUAGUGCCAGCUUCACGUGUGCCAGCACGGAUGCUACUGCCACUGAAGGUGACAGAUGUUCCUCUCGGGAAUUAGUCGAAGAUGAGGCCUUCUCUGCUCCGGGCAGUGGAAGAUUGCGUAUUAUUCGCACUAAUCCUUUCUGUGGCCUUUUUAAUGGUCGCUUUCCUAGCGAAUCUGCCUGGCAUGGCUGUUCAAAAUCUCGCAAUCCCAUGUCAACCAGCCUUAUAACAGGGUCUAUUGGGCUCCGGGACGAAAUGAACAAGUCAAAGCCGGCUUCAGAUAGCCGACCAGAAGUAUUAGACAAAGAGGAUACCGGUAAAGAAGUAGAAAGCAGUCUUUCCUUCCUUGCACUUGAUAUGACUCAGUCAGCUACCGCCAAUCUCUGCUUUGGCCCUUCAGAUGCCCCCUCCGAGCUUCAAGCUGCUCCUUCUUCUCCACACCGGUUGAAUCUAGCAUUUUCUGUUAGUGGCAGUGGUCUCGCUUCACCACACCUAUCCCUUUCUGAUCUCGACCUAAAUGAACAACCGUCGUCUCUACCUUCAAUUUGCAACCAAAGUCAGACUUCCAGUGAACUGAUAGGCCAUACAUCUCUCCCUUCCUCCGAUCUCCUUUGCUCUCAGUCAGAUUCACAGAAGAAUUACUCUUGUAAACCUCCAUCUUCGCCAUCCUGUACAGCCACUACUAUUGUCUGUUUAUCUCACUCCUCCAGGCCAACCAAAGUCAACGGAUCUGAAGAACAUAUAUCGGGGAUCAGCAGCAAGUUAUCUGGAGCUACCGAGUCUCCUCUUGGCUUUGGUCCUAGUAGUGGGAGUAGCUAUGACACAGAGAAAGGGGAUCGUUGGACUAUCAGCAUCUCUUCCCUUGUCUCUCGUCUCACUUCCAGCCGGAGAAGUCAGUUGGCUCGACCGGCAACGAAGUUUGCUGGUGAACAGACGAAAAGGUUGGCUUGA